UUUAGAAGUAGUUAGUGACUCAACUUGCAUGUUCAGCCAACCUUCAAGGUGUUCUGUUCUUGGUGUCGACCUUCCCAUCGUCGGGCAGGAAUACACUUUUCAGGCUACUGCAUCAAUCAUUUCGAGUGUGAUCCCGUCUGGAGGGCACGUCCAGCAUGAGUGUUACUAAAACAUGUCGGCACUGGACCUGGGCUAAAUUAACAAGCUCCCAAGACCCGUCAAGCGCUCGGUGUCUAUCCACCGGACACGGCGCAACGCGAUGAUGGAUGUGUGCAGCACGGCGUCCACACGCGUGCCGAUACAGACCUUAUCAUACCGGUGCCUUCCCUUGCGAUAGCAAUAGAUAUCUGUAGAACGCAUUAUAAAAUCGGUUGACGAUCGACUGCCCCGUGCUAGUACCUUUCUAGCAGUGAAUCAGGUCGUCUCCACAUCAUGCAAGGUGGAUCUGUAUCUACCGUCUGGAUCGCGCUCCUGGCGCUGGGCCUGAGCGCCAUCUCUGCCGAGCCGACGUGCCGUCCGACCGGCCAGUAUCUGACGGCUAAUCCACGGGACUGCCGCUCGUACUUCUACUGCUACGACGGCAUCGCUUACUACGGUGUCUGCCAGCAGGGUUUCCGGUUCGAUGAGAGCCGCCAGUCCUGUCUGCCGUCAACGGUGGCCGAGUGUUUCGAGUGCCCGACGAUGGGCAUGGUCUCGCUGCCCCAUCCAACCUCCUGCCAGAUGUUUGUGCUUUGCUUCGAGGGAGUGGCGAAUGAGCGAUCGUGUCCGACUGGGCUGCUGUUCAAUCGCCAAAUUCAUCAGUGUGAUCUGAGCGCUAACGUGAUCUGCUGAUCUUGGACGAAAACAAACGAACGGAACCUGUUUCCAUCAGCUAGUACAGUGCGCGGGCUAACAACUAUGUUCUGAUACGACAAUAACUUCAUUUUUUUUCAUUCCUCAAACACAUCAAAGUGCGUUAGAAUCAGUGGCCAACCUAUAGUCUUUGUGACAUUCCCUAACAUCCCUAGUGCUCGAUGGAGGUUGUUGUUGAUGAUUGGUGGCGGUGCUAUUUAGUGUAACGGGUGCGAAAUAAAACCAAUAAAGCCAUGAGAGAGA